AUGCCGCACCUCAAGCUUCGGGAUGGAGCCGAGCUCUUCUACCAAGAUUGCGGUAACCCACAGGGUCAGAUCGUUACCUUCUCUCAUGGCUGGCCAUUGAGCAGCGAUAACUGGGAGAGCCAGAUGAUGUUCCUUGCCGACCAGGGCUAUCGUGUCAUUGCGCACGACCGCCGUGGUCAUGGUCGCUCAACUCAGACUUGGGAGGGCAACAACAUGGAUACCUUUGUCGAUGAUCUGCAGGAAUUGUUUGAACACCUCAACGUUAGAAAUGCGAUGAUGGUCGGACACUCCCAUGGUGGCGGUGAAGUCACACAUUUCCUCAGCAAGCAUGGCACGAGCCGCGUCAAGAAGGCUGUGCUUAUCGGCGCCGUGCCGCCCUUAAUGGUCAAGUCAUCAGCAAAUGCGGAAGGAAUCGAUAUUUCCAUCUUUGACUCCUUCCGGCAAGCCAUGUACAAAGACCGCGCACAGUUCUUCUUGGAUGUCGCAAGCGGACCAUUCUUUGGCUUCAACCGUCCUGGUGCAAAUAAAAGCGAGGGUCUGAUUUGGAGCUGGUGGCGGCAGGGAAUGAACUCUAAUUUCAAGACAACGUACGACUGCAUCAAGGACUUCUCCGAAACCGACUUCACAGAAGAUCUCAAAAAGAUUGAGAUUCCUGUUCUCGUCCUUCAUGGCGACGAUGAUCAGAUUGUUCCCAUUCAGGCUGCAGGGUCGAAGUCUGCGAAGCUUCUGCCCCAAGGAAAGCUCAAAGUUUACCCUGGUGGCUCUCACGCAAUUCACAACAUUAAUGUCGAUGAAGUCAACCAAGAUCUGCUCCAGUUCCUGCAAUCUUAG